CCGCCUCCACUUCCACCUCUCCUCCCACAGCCAUGUCCCAAGUCAAGGUCUACCCCCCUCGGCCCUCCCGCCAGGCCUCCUCCAACCCUCUCCCCCAGCUCAUCCAAACGCCGUCCGGCUUCGCCCUCCUCGAGCUCCAAGGCACCUUCAACCUUCCCUCCGACUGCGUGGACGCCGACGACAAGGCCACGGAUGUCGUGCCGAUGGGCAAGAUCGACUUCCCCGACUACCACCCCGAGACGCAGGACGCCAGCAGCACGGCCUGGAUGAAGCGCGUGCAUCUGUACGUCGGGCAGCACCAGCGGCUGACGGGGCAGGUCAAGAAGCUGCCCAAGGCGUUGGCGGUGGUCCGGCGCAGGGGAGAGGCCGGUGCCGAGCCCGAGCACCUCGAGGUUGUGGAGGUGGUCAAGUACAAGCUUGUCUUCUCGGAGAGGCCGGAACCGAUCAAUACGGAUGUGGUCCCUUGAUUUUCGGGUCGUUCCGGUUGUAUAUAUCGCGUGGCAUCAGCGUACACUUUGAGUUGAAGAAUUUUGACUGAUUAUCUGAAUCACGGCG